ACUCGUGUAUCUCUCCCUGGACCUUCACUGAAAACCUUGUGCACAGUGCGAGAGUUGAGAGCUGAGCAUGAACACUAACUGGGACUCAUAGAGACUUUUUUUUUUCCUGCGUGCAAAGUUCGCACUCCUGGCCAACGGAACUCUUCCUGGGAAAUGAGCCAAACUCACCGAGACUUAUCUGGUGGCAGGAUUUGGCCACAGGGGAAGAAAACACGGACAGGCGACGCUGCCAGCAUGUCGCAAAAAAGUGAAGAAAGUCGAGUUUAUUUCUCCCAAAACUCCUCAGGGAGCGGCGCUGGCAAAGACCCCAACAAUGCAGACGCAAACGUUUACGGAUCCGGGCUCAUGAACGCACAUGAAGCGUGUGCCAUGGAAAAGUACCGCCGUCAUACAGCUGCUGCUCCUCAGGAGCUGUGCAGCGCUGGGUGUCGUGUGGGCGACAGCCCCUCUUUUUCCGCCUGCGCCACAAUAUCAGAAACAGCCAGAGAGCUGUGCAGAGCUGUGUCCGUGUCUCUGGGGCUCACCAUCGAGUCCAGCGACAUCAGCAGCGACAUGGACGCUGCGCUUCCCCCGUGCGCUGCCGGCGAACACCCCGGCGGGGAAGAUGUGUUCAGAGCCGGGACUGUGUCUCUGAGCUGCCCCGGACCUCCGGCUGCUACCGCCGGCUACAGGUGCCCCGAUAGAGAGGAGCGGCCCGUCAAGCAACUGCUCGAAGUGUUCAAAAGUUCCGACACUGCCGCGUCUAUGUACCACUUCAAGUCCACUCGGACAUCCGUGGACGAGCAAAACUUCCCACUGUGCGAGGUUGAUGACAUAACUCCAGCGCGCGCUGCCUCCUGCACUUAUGGCCCGUCCGCAGCGGGCAGUCUGUCUCACUUUGAGCACGCAGCUGCCGAGAGGCCGAGCGCAAGAUGCGGAGAAGCUCGGGAAGCCAUGGAGAACAAGUUCACUGUUUAUCAGCCUGAACCCUUCAGCGUCCAGGUCAAGUCUGAGGACAACGGAGCCGCCGCGGCGUCGGUGCUCUGGUCCGGUGACUACACUUUUAACGACAAGCACAACUCUCAGUUUUGGGGCUCGAGGCACUGCAUGAAUGCGCGUGGCACAGGAGCUAGCACCGCGUUCAUUUGUAAUCCUUACGAGCGAAGCGGCGCGCGCUCCGAACGCUGGUGCCCGACCGGGAUGCUGAGGCCGACUUUUCCCAACACCAGCUACAUGAAGACUGAGAUGGACGAGUGGCUGGAUGUCUCCUACAACGACACCAGGUUUGAGGCUGGCAGAGAGCACAUGUUCCCCAUGGAGUUCUUCUUUCCACCACAGAGGACGUGCCUGAUCUGUGCAGACGAAGCGUCUGGCUGCCAUUACGGUGCGCUCACCUGUGGCAGCUGCAAGGUUUUCUUCAAAAGAGCUGCAGAAGGCAAACAGAAAUACUUGUGUGCGAGCAAGAAUGACUGCACCAUUGAUAAGCUAAGAAGAAAAAACUGUCCCUCUUGUCGGCUGAAGAAGUGUUUUGAGGCUGGAAUGACUCUGGGAGCACGUAAGCUAAAGAAGAUUGGACAACAGAAAAACCCUGAAGAGGAUCAUCCUGUGCAGGACUCUGCUGAGGUGAUCCAGAACCUGUCUCCUAAAAUGAGCCUGAACUUUAACUCCCAGGUAGUCUUCCUUAAUAUCCUGGAGUCCAUUGAGCCUGAGGUGGUGAAUGCGGGACACGACUAUCGGCAACCGGACUCUGCUGCUACACUGCUCACCAGCCUGAACGAGCUGGGAGAGAGACAGCUGGUCAAAGUGGUCAAAUGGGCAAAAGGACUGCCAGGAUUUAGAAAUCUCCACAUGGACGACCAAAUGACUGUCAUUCAGCAUUCGUGGAUGGGAGUGAUGGUGUUUGCUCUGGGAUGGAGGUCCUAUAAGAACGUCAACGGAAGGAUGCUUUACUUUGCCCCAGAUCUUGUGUUCAAUGAACACCGGAUGCACAUUUCCUCCAUGUACGAGCACUGCAUACGGAUGAGACAUCUGUCACAGGAGUUUGUGCUGCUGCAGAUCACUCAGGAGGAGUAUCUCUGCAUGAAGGCCCUGCUCCUCUUCAGCAUCAUCCCCGUUGAGGGUCUGAAGAGUCAGAAGUACUUUGACGAGCUGCGUCUCACCUACAUCAAUGAGCUGGAUCGGCUUGUUAACUAUCGAAUGGCGACCAAUUGUUCUCAGAGGUUCUACCAACUCACGCGACUCCUGGAUUCUCUCCAGAUGACGGUGAAGAAGCUGCAUCAGUUUACAUUUGAUCUUUUCAUCCAGGCUCAGUCACUCCACACCAAGGUCAGCUUUCCAGAGAUGAUUGGAGAAAUAAUCUCAGUGCAUGUACCAAAGAUGCUGGCAGGUCUGGCUAAACCAAUCUUGUUUCACCAGUAGAUCUUUUUUGUUUUUAUUUUGAAUAAAUGACUCAGCUUUGUUGCCUCCAUAAACUUAAAUGACAACUUUGCACUGUUUCCCUUAACGUCUGGUCUAAUAGCUCUGAGCCCUGUCCCAUAAUCAUUACUUUUAUUGUUCAAAGUUAUUUUUCCUUUUAGCCAUAAUUGAGACUGUUUGCUCAGAAAUGAUAAAGCUUUUAUCUGAAGAGCGGCGCGACAUGUUGACAGCUCUGCUGUAGUUCUGCUGCUUAACAUAUGCACCAAGUCGACUAAAAAACAUGAAAGCAGCACAAAGUAUUGCAUGUGACCUUCAUUAUUCAAAUACCUGAUGAGGUACACAUAAAUAUAAAACAAAUACAAGCAAACAAGAGAUUGCACAGGAGAAAUGGAUCACGUCAGGGAACAGAAACCAAAUCUCUUUCUACAAAGUGGAGAAAUGUGGCCGUGGUGCAGCCAUGAAACUAAACAUCUAAUUAUGUGUCACUGUUAUCUUUCAUAGUGCACUGAGCUAGAAGUAGCAGCUAAGUGACACUAUUCUGUUCAACUCAAAAACAGUGGACAUGCUUGUUCUUAAUCCUGUUCACAUGUCUUCAUUUAAUAAGUUGCUCUGGUUUGACUGAGUCAAUAAAAUCCAGACGUCCUUUCAUGUUUGUUGGUGUUAUGUAAAUGAACCCUUUUCUGAUCAUUGGCAAUACGUUGUUCAUUUAAAGUUAAAGCACUGACAUUAAUAUGUAGUGGUAAAACUCUGUUUUUAAAAGAUUCAAUUCAAAUAUGAUAAUUAAAGAGACACUUUUUCAAGCAACAACCCGCAGUUAUUGAAUGCCUGAGUUACAUGAAUUAGUUCCUGAUACUAAUGAUAUGGCUACCAAAAGUGUUGCUGCAUGUACAUUUUCAUAUGUACAGAAGUUUUUGUUUAAAAAAAAACGGCAGAAUAAACUUAAUGCUGCUGCAAAACUGUUCGACUUAAUCAGCACUGAGUGUGCUCCGUGUGGCCCCUGCACUGAGACACAGACACUUGUGGCCCCCACCGAGGACACAAUUUAUCUUGCUCUUCUCUGAUCUUAAUGUCAGCAUUUUUAGCUUCCUGUGACACAGGAGCUGCUGUUUGUACGUUUGUGUCACUGAGGUAAAGCUACGAAAUAACACUUUUGAACUUACUGAGGCAGCAGUGGUUCGACAACUCCUGUGUGCUGUGUUGUUUAUUUUCUAUGGAGUUUGGUGCAGGGAGCGAGGGGUUUACAAACUUUAGUUUCCAGUGGGAAAAAGCAUUGGGACAAUUUGCCAAACAUGUUUGUAGACUUAAGCGACUUAAGCUAUAGAUUUUCAAAUCAGUUUUUUUUACAGCCAUGUUUUCAUAUCACAAGCCGAUUCUUGGCCCAGAGUGUGUGAGUAAUUAAUACUACCACAGUUAUUAAUACUUAAACAGCCUCUCAACAACACUCCGCUCAGCCCCACAUUGGAAUUUCAACAUUUUCAGUUCCAAUGAGAGAUUUGCUGAUAAAACUCAAAUGAAGUCAUCAACUAUAAUACCAAGCUCACAAUUCUUCACUCAACAUCAUUCCUCCCAGACCAAACAGAGAAAUGGUGAAUUAAAAUUUGCCACAGGUUGUAGUUUAGGGCAGAAAUGUUCCAACAGGACAAUCAAUAUAAACUCACAGCCAGCUUUGAAGUGGAAGAUCUUCAGAUGUACAAUGUGAGAGUCCAUGACCCAAAACCCAACGGGGGAAAAAUGCUAAAUAAAAAAACUGUGGAAUGCUUUGAAGAUAACCGAACACAGUGAUGCUUGAGUGAAACUGAUGAAAAGUAUUAGUCAAGUGAAUGCAAUUAUCUACUGAAGAGCAUUAGGGCCACAUGGGAACAAAAACAGAAAAGAAGUCCUAAUUCGGACUCAAAUCUCAGAAUUCUCACUCUUUUUUUUCUAAGAAUUCUGACUUCAAUCUCAGAACCAGUAGUUUUUUUCAAGUCUGACUUUUGCACCGUGAGAAAAAACUUUUGUUUUUAUAAUUUAUUAAUCCCCUUAGGGAAAUUAUUCUCUGCAUUUGACCCAUCCUAGAAUUAGGAGCAGUGGGCUGCCACUGAGUAGCGUCCGGGGAGAAAUGGGGGUUGGGUACCUUGCUCAGGGGUACCCCAGGCCUUUCCACCUGGUGGGGACUUGAACCGGCGACCUUCCAGUUACAAGCCAAGUUCCCUUUCCACUUGGCCACAGGCUGCCUUUAUUCACAUAUGGCCCUAAUACUAUUCUGUAGUAGUCCUAUUUUGCAUAAACCAGGCUGGUCAAACAACCUUGUACAUACAUUAUACUUACACACUGCGAGAGGUGAGUUCAGCUUAGAUGGAAAUGACAUCUUUUUAGUAGAAGAACUAGAAUCAUAGCAGAAAGUCCAUGUUGAUUACAACACUGACAGCACUUCAGAUCAGUGUUUUAUAACUCUGUAAAUGCAACACUUUGUUUUAUAAAGAAAUGUGUCUUUUCCAAGCAAGUGGUUGCAUGCAUCGUGUGUAUAACUGUACGUGUAGCCUUUAGCUUUACAGACAUCCAUGUUUUCCUCCAGUGACUGGAUUAUAUUCUAUACUAACUGAUAGUGUCCACAUCUAUCAGGAGGCAUGACAACAGUUGUUUUGUACACUGAUGAGUAAACAGUUUUACGUAACAGGUUAUCUGACGAAUUUAACUACAGAUGUUGAUCAAGUGAAGGUUGUCGUGUAAUUUAAAGGGAUAGAUUGUGGGGUGUAUGAGGGACUUAUGAAGAGUCACUGUGUAACAUACAGAACGAGAACUGGAACAUCUGCUCCUGGUCUCUCUCUUCUGUCUCCCACCUCUCAUCUGUCCCCCAUUUUUCCUUUCACCACAACCGGCCGAGGCGGAUGCUGCACAACUUGGAGUCUGGUUCUGUCAGAGAUUUCUUCUUUUGUUAAAAGGGAGGUUUGAUGCCUGUGCAUUGUUGGGCUUCUCUUUGUAACAUCUUAAAGGUUUCUGCCUUACUAUGUGCAGUGCCUAUACAAAUCAAAUUGAAUUGAAUUAGACACAUUGUUCUGCUUUGAGAGGGGUCAAAUCCCAACUGAAAAAAUAUCCACAUUCUGUCAGAUAAUUGAAAGUAUAACAGCUGUUCUAUAUAUUAUAUUUUGAGGGACACACUGUGGUGCGGUGUCUAGCAUUGUUGCCCCACAUCAAGAAGGUCACCAGUUUUGAUCCCGGCUUGACUGAGGAUCUCACUUGAGAUUGAGUGUGAGUCUGUAAAGGGUGUAGACACCGCCCACUUUCAAGAGGCGUGACUAACGGACAUAGAUCAAAAUGCCACAGUACGCAGAGCGACUGAAAACUAGUCAACAAACAUUCUUGUUGGAGUGGACGUCACUUCUCUGUCUUCAUCUCUAGCGCACCAGGGGUUUGUGAUUGGUUCCCUUUUUCCCCUUUAUCUGAAGUUGGCCAAAAGGGCAUCUGUGCCAGACGUGUGUGCAGAGUGAAAUCAGAUCGCUGGCAGACUCAGCUGGGUUCACUCAGGCUUGGUCGACCAUGUGUGUCACUUGAUUCAAGCUCUUGGUUGCAUGGUUGUCGGCUGUAUGUCUAGCAUUAGGCCCAGGCGAGCGGUCAUGGAUGAUGUUUACGAGUGUGAGUAACACAAGUAAACGCAAAUAAUCCACUGACCGCAGUUGCUAUAAAUAAUGCAAUCGUUAUGAAUUAUUUGAUUAUUUUUAGUUGGGCCUUCUCUAAAGCCUCCUUGUGGUAUCUAAGCAAUCUUGUAAGAUCAUUACAAAUCAAAUGGCAUUGAGUGAAUCAUAGGAUAUGAUUCAAGUUAGUGUACAAUGGUCAGUUGGAAUUCCCGUCUUAAUUGGUGUACAACAGAAUUACAUUUCUUCCAUAUUUUGCAUUUUUAUUGGCUUGUCAUUCAUGUGGUUCACAGCAGCACUCACUCUGUACAUGUCUGACACUCAGAAAAUCUUCACUGGCUUUCAGAAGCCAUUACCAAAGAAAUCCCCAUGAUUGUCAUCUUUUAGAUGGGACCGCACCAGUCGUACUAUGUGUAACAGGCAUUACGGAGCCAUUUUCUCUCCUGUCACUGUUCACAUCACGUCAAAGCAAAGUGUCAAUUUGGUUCCAGUUCUCCUGAACACUGAUUACUGUAUGUAACACACUGACUCUGCAUUUGUUAACUUAAAAAAAAAAAAAAGAAAAAAAAGAAUUGUCCCUAUAAUGUCUUUAUGUCUUUUUCUUGUGUUUACUGUGUAAAAAGCAAAGAGGGGAGAAAAGGGAAUCCAAUAGCUGUGGACAAACAGUUGAUCCAGGAGACUUGGCCCCAACACAGCCGCUAAUUUUAGCUCUGAAAUUUGAAAUGUGUCUUCUGUUAUUUGAGCAGCAGUCGGGUACAAAACAGAAACCAGGAGCCAUGUCUUUACAGAAAACACUCAUUUGAUUUCUUGUAUUAAUGUAUUAAAUCAUUACAACAGGAUUCAGUUUAAAUCCAAUUCUAGAGUACAGAAAUAAACUUUUCUCACCAUUUUUUGAAUGCACUAUAUUGCGCGACGGUUGUUAACAGUUCAAAUCGGUUUUCUUUAACCCUUUAAAUGAAUGCUAGUUCUUGAUAAUGUGGUAGUUCUCUUUUAUUGGAGCAGUGUCGUGUCAUUAUAUCUGACACAGUGGAUGAGCCACAUGACUGUAGACGCUCCUGUACAUGUUGAAUACUGGCCUGACAUCAUCACAGAAGGCUUUUGUGUUUGGUGCAUGAUGUCGGUGGACAAUAGCUGAUAUGUGCACAGUGUAUACUGCAUUACAUUAAGCGUAUUCUUUGUACAUGAAAACACUAAGUGUAUAUAUUGAUCUGUCCCUCGUCUGUUUUGUCGUCCGGACACUUUUGAAGUCGUCCCGUGUGAUUUAUACCUUUUGUGACUUGCUUUGGUGUUUUUUUUCCAAUAUGUGCAUUUUUUUCAAAAGGUGUAAAACUGUAUACUUUUUUGAAAGCAAUUAAAAAACUUCUGACUCUA